CAGGUUCCCGUUCAGGACUGCAGAUUCCACCUUAAAACCUCCUCUCGAGUUAAACUUUUCGCCGCAACUCCGUCGGUCCACCUUAAGCGCACACGCAAACGCAGGAGGCGUACAGCGAGGUUUCCGCUUCUCGGUUGGACUCGGACCGCGGCUCAUGAAAAACACGGUGUACAAGGUUGACGCACCAAGGUAAGAAAAAAAAAAAAAAAAAAACCUAGUAAGAAAAGCGAACCAGCCGAGCGAGAGAAAGAUGUCUGAAUCCAAGUACCGCGAGUGGAUCCUGGACACUAUCGACUCGCUGCGGUCGCGAAAAGCUCGGCCGGACUUGGAGAGGAUUUGCCGAAUGGUCCGGAGACGACACGGGUCCGAGCCCGACCGAACCUGCGCGGAACUGGAGAAACUGAUCCAGGAGCAGACGGUGCUGAAAGUUAACUACAAGGGCUCCAUUUCGUACCGAAACGCCGCCAAGGUUCAGCGGAGAAGCAGAAAAAAAGACGAUGUAACGUUAACGACGGCUGCGAGGAGGAGCGCGGUGGAAGAAGCCAGUCAUUCUGACCUGAGCAACGGGGACAGCGCGUUUGGUCCCGUGGACCAGGACGAGGAGGACCUGGAGGCUGACACCUCUCUGGUGAUGGACACGGACAGUAAUGCAGAUGAGGAAGGGGCUGAGGAGAGCCGGGAUGGGCAGGACGGACCCUCUCCCGGCGGCACGGAUGAAGAUGCCGCCGUGCACUGCGCCUCUGUGCGAGCCGUCUCUGCCCCCUGCUCCCCCUCUGGCACCCGGCCCGGCCCCAGCCCCAGCCCUGGCCCCAGCCCUGGCCCCAGCCCCGGCUCCGGCCCCGGCUCCGGUCCAGACUGUGCCUCUCCCCAGAAGGUUGAUGAGAGGCCCAGCUCCUUGCCCUCCUCCAGCCCCCGAGCCCUCGCACACAAUGACUGGCCCUAUCAUUCUGCUGUCUGCCCAGCCGAGCGCCAGCAACCAGGAAUGCAGAGAGACAAAGCAGCAGCCACAAAGCCAGCAAUCCACUCUGCAACCAUCAGCCCCUGCACUUUAAAGAACCACGUGAAGAAAGAAGAUGGAGGCAAGGUGGUGGAUAGUGGCCUUUUGUCUGACCAGUUGGUACCAGACUACGCUGCAGGGAUGGAUGAGAGCAAGAAUGGUUGUGAUGGAAGACCACAGGGACUGUCUCUGCCGUCUGACAACUGUGCAUUAAAGAACAACAUAGAUAUAUCUUCCUUCACAGCAGACGAAGAGAGUCUUCUGAACGGUGAUAAAGGGGAUGAAGUCUCUGUGAAGAAAGAGAAGAUGAACCAGAACUUAAUGCAGUGGACGGUGGCAGAUGUGGCCAGUUACUUCUCAGCUGCAGGCUUUCCAGAGCAGGCUGUGGCGUUCAGAUCCCAGGAAAUUGAUGGGAAGUCCCUUCUCCUAAUGCAGCGCAGCGACGUGUUGACCGGUUUGUCUAUCCGACUCGGCCCCGCCCUCAAAAUCUAUGAGCGCCAUGUAAAGGUGCUUCAGAGGACCCACUUUCUGGAAUACGAAGACCUCUGAAGUGGUGAUUCACAUGACAGACAGACAAUGCUGCAUUGACCCAAAACAUGCAUGCAGUGACCUCUCCCAUCUAGAUCCUGCCCGCCACCUUCAUAUACAGAGUAUGUAGAGGGUGAGUGGGGAGUGGAGGAAAGCUGCGGUGGAAUUAACUUUCACUGUGAGAAAGACCAGAAACUGAAAAAACAGUCAUCCUACCUCUCAUCAUGGUCUUUGGUUUUCAAAUGGUAUUCAUUUCAUCCAUGUGCCGUUCGAUUGAAUUGUCAGGGCGACAGACUGGUACGUUCAGAGAAUGUUCUGAGCGGAGGAGCAAUGACCUUUCUAAAUUAUGGACAAUUCAGCCAUUGAAGGGGGACCGAGCCUUGCACUAAGUGGACCACCAAUGAGCUCAUUUACCCACAGAGACCUGCUGCACUGCGUAGUGCCGCGAGCAAAGUGUUGUCACAGUUUUGGGUCCACAAGUAAAUGUUGGGGUGGCUGUGGCUCUAAAAUGUCCUCCUGCAUCUUCGCUCGCUAAAUUACGGUACCUUCUGUUAGUCCAGAACCUCUUUGUUAAUCACACAGAUAAACAUAAAGCCCAUCUGUUGUGAGUUUUCCUUCUAUUCCGUUUAAUUAAAUGUCAUCAAAGUGCUGAGGAAGUCAGACAUUCUACAUAUCUGCAUCACAAGUCUGACUCCUGAGUUAUCAUGCCACCAAUAGCUGCUGAUGUUUCAUUAAGUCUUCAGUGUCUCUGUAACACAGACCACUGAUAUGAUAUACUACUACCUGCUGGUAAGGCAAUAUGUUUUUGUUUUUUCCUGUAAUGUUAUUUAGGUCUGACUGUGGUCCAACUUAAUACAGUUGCAUUUUGGGGAACAAUUUCAGAUGGAUGUGACCAGGAAAAUGUGCAGCCUAAUGGAAUUUGCUUUCAUACAUAAGCAAAAUAAAGUAAUACACUUUGGGAAACGUUAUUGUAAUACUGAAUAUGUUGUUUUAAAUCGAAUACAGCUGCUCAGUGUCUGUUUACACAGCAGAUAUCUUGAUCAAAUGCAAUAUUUAAUGUUAUCGUCCAUUUAUAAUUUGUCCUGUGUCUCUUUUUAAUGUAAGCCAGCCUCUUGAAUUGUAACAUUCCAUUUGAUGUAGUCUACAUCUCCAAUGUAUUUCCCGUUUUAUCUGUAACAUUGACACUUCUUCCAAAGUCACAAAUAAAGCUCAUG